UGAAGAUGUUGCAGAUGGCAUUCGGUCGAUUUCUGCUUCAAGUGGAUCGAACGUCAUCGAACGUCAUGUAAAUACUAUCAGCUGGGUCUUUUUCCUAGCAGCAGCAGCUCACUCGCUAGCUUGGAUUCCUGGGAGAAGAGUUUUCAUUCAGACGUGUCCAGGGCAGGGGCCUUAACGAACGUCUUUCUCACUAAAAAGAAGCCAUAGACAAUCGUCUCCCAAAUGUUGACAGAAAACAGGAAGAGGCGGCGUGGUGGAGACAAUGAGGGGGAUCAGCUGAACCCCCAGGCCAAAAGGUCAGGAGGGGGGCAGGAGGGUCACGUCAUGGUGUCCAAGCUGGGCCAAGACGUUUGGGACUCUGAGUCGUCCAGCAGUGACAGCAGUGGUAUCAGUAGUCCUGAGAGGGCAACGGGAGGAGGUAGCACAUACACGAAGAACCGCACAUCCCAGGGUCUCCUCAGACCCUUGCCAGAAGACCCUUCCAUUUCCUUGUUGAGUCUUUAUGGCAACGACACCCCCUAUGACCACAUCAACAGUGUCCUGAGGGAGGCCCACUUCAGCAGUCUGCAAACCAGAGGUCAACCAGGAUCUACGUGACAUCACCCCACCCCAGACCCUUGUUACCCCACUGGAACAAGCCCCUGGGUAGGAUCCAGGAAGAAGUUGCCCAUAGGCUCAAAUCUAGAAUAAACUUACCCCAGAUUUGUGUCCAGGAGCAACUUCAUCCUACCUGGAUUCAGGAUGUGGCAAAAUAUCCUUUGGGCUCUGGACCCAAUCCAUAUCAUUGUCCCUGUGCUGUAAACCUUGAAAUGUGCCAUACAUAAAGCACACCUACAUAUCCAAUGGCCCACCCACUGUGGUACUACUAUAUGCAGUAUGUAUGUACUCCAGCACUUUACUGAGGGGUCUACUAUUCUGUGGUGGUCUCCUUACAUGAGUGAGUUGUUGGACAUUAUCAUCGCCACUGGUGCUAUCUACUACAGACAGACAUAUGAGUGUCUAAGUGCUUGCUGUAGCCUAAUUAAUAAAGUGAAGCACUU